AGCGACGAGUUCUAGUAAACUGACGUGCAUAAGGAUAGAGAAAAGUGGAGACGACUGACAUGCCUAUCGACCUCACAUAAAGUCAGAUAAGGGUGAUGACCGGGCAAAGAAAAAUAACAACAAAGAUGUGACGAAUACUUGGGACAUAACAGAACUAUCUUGUCCAAGAAUAUACAUCAAUUACCCAGAGCAACCAGCAAUAGUGACGUACUGGAUUCACAGGUGACUAACAAAGUUGGCAGUAAUUAUAAUGUCAACAGUGGAAGCAGAAAACCCAGCCAACAAGUUUGGAAGUUAAGAGCAACCAUCGUAUGUAUAGUUGUUGUUCUUGAUUCUGUUCAGUUACCAAACGGAUUCCGUGGCGCGCGCACGCAUAGCAAGAUUUUAAAGGUUAUCAAAAGUUUUUUUCACAUAAAGCGCGCUAAUUUUGAUAAUAAAUAACAUAACUGUUAAUAAAGUAACUGUUAAUAAAGUGGGUAAUAUAAUGGCUAGUGUAAACGCAAGGAUGAUGGCGGGAAACAAAAGUGAAGUGAAACCUUUGAACAUGUCAGAUGUUGAGAUGAUUUUCGGCAAACCCGAUGGCGGGAAAAAUGAAACUGUGCAUAUGGUGGUCAAUGAGAAGAGAAAUGGUACUCUGCAUCCAGUGACCCACGGCACGGGCAAUGGUCAGGAUUCUCCACCAGUCAACCAGCCGCUGUUGGAGCCAGACAGAGGGAAGCAGGCGCCGCCUCUCGCUGGCCCAGAGAUCGACGACCUGGACGACGAGAAGCCGGAUGUCACCAACAGCAAGCCGUACCCGGGCGUUGACGACGGCUUGCUGGACCCCGACGACAAGACUACGCAAACUGGAUCUGGAUCACACCACGACGAUGGUGACGUGGACACCGAGCUGCCAGUCCCGAAGAAUGACGAAGGCACCGGCACAGAAGACGGUAAUCCGUGGUGGGGGCACGACGAGGCCGACUUUGCUUAUGAUGGCACCAGAUUUGAAAUUGAAGAUCGGGUGGGAUCUCCUCUGCCAGGAUUGAUUCCAGACGUGAACACUUACCAGCAGAAGAAGAACCUCGCCCAGGGCAUGAUGGACCUGGCGCUGUUCACGGCGAACACCAACCAGCUGCGAUACGUCAUCGAGACCUCCAGCGCCCAUCCCUACUACUAUUUUAGCCUCGUCUCCAUCAGCUUCAGUCUUAUCUUGCAGAUAGCAGUGGGCAUUGGGCUGAUCCUAAACAGCCGAUACAACGUAAAAGACGAUAAGGACAUCUGCAAAGCGGACAAGAUCAACAAUAUGACAGUAUUGGGUAUCUUCCUCAUCACAAUCGUGAACGUCUUCAUAGCUGCCUUCAGUGUAGCCCCGAUCACUACUGCUGCGCCAGCCGGUGCCUUGUCUGAUCAACAGGCAGGGUCGUAAUACAGAAAGUACUAGUAACUAGUACGGCCACUCCCUGCCCUCCCGGCUAAAGUGGUUUAGUGUAGUGUGCCGUGCAAUUUGCGCCAGCUGCCUCACGUGUUCCCGAACGCACUGAGUUUGUGGUAUUUUGGCGUUUUAUGUCACUAAUAGAACGAUGACAUGCACAGACUUUUGCGAAACAUUAAAAAGGCAUUUUUUUCAUAUAUAUUUUAUCAGAAGUGUUCAGAUAUCAUAACAUAGUCAGUAGUAAAAUCAAGUUUUAACCCUCUUCGUCUAGGCAGACUAGUCAGGUCAGGUAUUUUGAGGCCGCGGAGACUAAUUUGUCUGUGAUCCUGGACAGUUAUGUACUCGUAUUGUACUCUAUCUACUUAGUCCAGAUUGAACUCUUUACUACAAAACCCCCAGUUGUGAAUGAAGUGGCAGUAUAAUCUUAUAGAUGAAUCUCAAAUAAAGAUCUUGAAAAAUAAAUAGAAAAUUAUUAUUGUAUAUGAAAAAUAACUUUUAAAUAGUUUUUUUUUAAAUGUACAUAAAGUUAUUAUGACCAAAUCGACUAUUCAUACAUUGAAUGUAUUUCUUUCAGAAUUUUAAGUUUUUUUUUAUUGUUAAUACAGAAUUUUAAGUUUUUUUUAAUGUAUACAUUUAAUUGUAAAAUAUAAUAUUAAGAAUCUCGUCUGUAUUAUUUAUAAAAAUAAGUCGUUAAGCUAAAAGCUGCUUGUUGUAGUUUUGUUUAUUAUUGUAUGUCAUGAAUAUUGACAUAGAAACUCAAUGUGGUGCUUCUUAGAUCUUAAAGAUACUUAAACGUACCAUAAGUACUUAUGAACAAUUUAGGAUAGUCUUUUUUACUAUUUAUGAUAUUCAAAAAUUGUGCUUCAAAUAAAGUAAUCUUUGCUAUUAUUACAAAGAGCGUUUGUAGCCUAAGAUGCCACAGCACCCUGUAAUCUCUUUCAAGAUCUCUGUACAUAAUAUAGAAAGUAGAUCCACAAUACUGAAGUGAUACUUUGGGUAUUGUAUAAUGAACUACCUACCAUCAUUAUAAUAAGUAGAUUAAUUUGAUACUAAUUUAAAGUAACAAAACAGCUCAGCUAUUGUAAUAAGUUUAAAUAUGAAUAUUUGCAUUUCAAUAUCAAUCCGUUGGUAACCGUAUUUCCGUCAUGUUGUUUUUUACAAUGUUUAUUAGAUUUCAACAGUUUCGUCUAAACAUAUUUGUUUUCCCAACUACACCAACGGACUGAAAAGACUGUGAUAAAGACUGUAUACUCAUUAAUACUUACACAGAGAAUAUUUGACAUAAUGUACUAGAAUUAAAAUUAUGAUUGUCUUUGUACUAACAUAAUAAAAAAUAAUAAAUAAAUGUAAAUAAUAAACAAAUUAUGUAAAUAAACUUAAUCUAAACAAA